GCCACUUAACCCCAGUGCCCUCCUCCCCCGCCCCCGCCCAGUGCUGUGCAGGGAGGAGCCUGCCGGCUUCCCCAGCUGAAGGGGAUUGUGGUGCGUCUACAGGCUUAACUCUCUCGCCCCCAGCUGCGCCGGUCUGCGCGGCGGCCUGCGGGCCGGAGCGAGCCCUCGGGGACGCGGAGGGCGCCGCGCGGGGCGCGGGGGAUGGGGACGCUCGCGGCCUCGGAGCCGUCUCUGGGGCCCGCGUCCUCGCCAAGUGGGGCGGGGGGCCCCCGUCUCAGCAGGCGCCGCUCAGAAGCCCGGGCGGACUGCGGCGACAGCGCGGGCUCCUAGUGGCAGCCUCUCCUGCGCCGCCUCCCUCUCUCUCCCCGCGCUUCCUCUCCGCCCACCGCGCUCCAGCCGCUCGGCCGCAGCCCGCGCCGACCCCUCGCCCAGCCAUGGGGGACCUGCCGGGCCUCGUGCGCCUGUCCAUCGCGCUGCGCAUCCAGCCCAACGACGGCCCGGUCUUCUUCAAGGUGGACGGGCAGCGCUUCGGCCAGAACCGCACCAUCAAGCUGCUCACCGGCUCCUCCUACAAGGUGGAGGUGAAGAUUAAGCCCAGCACGCUGCAGGUCGAGAACAUUUCCAUUGGUGGUGUGCUUGUCCCGCUGGAGCUGAAGUCUAAAGAGCCUGAUGGGGACAGAAUUGUUUACACAGGCACAUAUGACACAGAAGGUGUGGCCCCAACCAAGAGUGGAGAACGGCAACCCAUCCAGAUCACCAUGCCGUUCACAGACAUCGGGACCUUUGAGACGGUGUGGCAGGUCAAGUUCUACAAUUACCACAAGCGAGAUCACUGCCAGUGGGGAAGCCCCUUUUCUGUCAUUGAGUACGAAUGCAAGCCCAAUGAGACACGCAGUCUCAUGUGGGUGAACAAAGAGUCCUUCCUCUGAAGAUGGCCCUUUCCGAUGUUGCUGGACAAUCUCCCCAGAAAUCUACUUUUAGAUAAACCAGCACAAGCCUUACCCAAGGCACACCACACUGUCGCUCUUUCCCAUCUGGUACCAAUGACUUACUAGCCCCGAAUAUUUCCAAAGUGUAAUUCCCCUCUGAUAUGAUAUCCCUGACCUAAAAGAGCGUGAUGUACCACGACCGAAAAUAUUCCUCUCUAUUUUGUGCUGGUGUUCCUGCAUCCAGUUGUUCUCAGUCGUGCUGUUGACCGCUUGUGACUGGAGCUCAGUGGAAUUAGCAGGCUUGUCCUAUACCUGAGUAUUCCACCGACGGACUGUGGUGUUUUGUUUCCAAGUUGAGUGAUUCCCCCUUUUUGUGUUUAAUGUUAAAUUUUUAAAAAUAGCAAUGUGUAUGCGUUCUCCCAUGUGUAAUAUGAUAAUGUGUAACUUGCAAUAUUUGCCAGCUUUCGAAGCAGGCUUUGUGAAAAUGUAAUAAAAUGGCAGUGAAUGGAACUCAAAUGUUAUGCUUCCUAUAAACAGCUUUUUCAGGGAAGGAUAAUGAUAAACUUAAAGGUCAAAUAGGAAGUGUUUAUAAUGUAUUAAAACUCUUUCAGACAACUUAAGGUAUUGUGCUAUGGCUUAGUGGAAAUAGGGAAAAAGCAUUGCUGUGGACCACUUUUAAACAAAGUGAAAGGAGUUGUAGGGUUACCCCUUUGGCAAGCUACCCUAGUGUUCAAACAUGCAUAUUGAUGGCAUCUCUACAUUCCCCUUCACUAGAACUUUGUAAACUGUAUGAAACUGUAAUCAACUUUUGAUAUUUCUUAA